AUGCUUUUAUCAUCAAUAGCAGGUCUACAACAAGUUGUAAUUAAUUUGAUUUCCCAUAAUCGAUUGGAUUUACAAUCUGAUUCUAUCUAUUCUUAUGAUCAACCAGAUUCGCCACCAAUUCCAAACCCUUUCAGACCUGUGGUUGUUUGGCAUGGUUUAGGAGACGAUUACAAUUCAUCAGGAAUACAUAAUUUGCACAGCAUUUUGGAUAGUCUAUACCCAGGGAUAUAUUUAUACUCAAUACGUUUGGCUGAUGAUCCGUCAUCUGAUCAACAAAAAUCGUUUUUUGGUGAUGCCAAUGAUCAGGUUGAUCAAGUUUGCGAAGCGUUGCAUAAUAUCACAGAAUUACAACACGGGUUUGAUGCAAUUGGUUUUUCACAAGGUGGAGUGUUUUUUAGAGGUUUGAUUGAAAGAUGUUCUGUCAAAGUUGAUAAUCUCAUUACAUUUGGUUCUCCUCAUUUCGGAGUUCUGGAAUUACCACUAUGCAAGGAUCCAAAAGACUGGCUCUGUAAGCGACGAAACGCUCUUCUAAAGAAGCAAGUAUGGUAUGAUGUAGUUCAAAGACGGGUUAUUCCAGCACAAUAUUUUAGGGAUCCACUGGCUCUAGAUAACUACUUGAAGUAUUCAAAUUACCUUGCAGACAUCAAUAAUGAAAGAGACGAGAAGAAUAGCACUUAUAAGGAAAAUUUUGCAAGUCUCAAUAAUUUGGUCUUAGUGAGUUUCACAGAGGAUACCACAGUUGUACCUAAAGAAAGUUCCAAGUUUUUUGAUUUUGAUCCUAUUGCAAAAAUCAGCAUUCCUUUUGAUCAAACUGAUCUUUAUAAAAAUGAUUACAUUGGCUUGAAAACACUUCAUGAAAAAGGAGCUAUAGAUUUCUUAAACAUCGAAGCUGAACACAUGCAAAUUGAUGAAGACUUCAUCCGUGAUAUUGCUGGUAAAUAUUUUGGUACUAGAUUAGUAUAG